GCUGCACCUGCACCUUAACAAGGUUGAUCUCAAGUAUUUCGUCAACAUUUUGAAGACCGAAGACAGUUUGGUAGAGCCGUGAAGCGAAAUUUCUUCUCCUUUUCAUCUAUUUUUUCUUGGUUCUUAUUCGCUUCUUCUACUUCUUCCCCUAAUCGAAUAUCUUAACAAAUUAUCAAUGAUUUGAAUUUCAAAGUUGUUGGGAGAUGAAAGAGAAAAGUACUACUUCCCCACUCAAACGCAUUUUGGUGAAGUGUGCAUCUCAGGCAAAAGCAUAUGGCAGCUGUGUUGCAGAAAAGGUUCCACAGGUUGACCAUAAUAUGUGCUCAAAGGAAUUUCUUGCACUAAAAGCAUGCAUGCAGAGCGUGGUUCGAGGAAAGGCUUAAAGUUGAAACUGUAUUUCGUCAAUCUACAGAUUAGGAGAAGCUCACAGGCAGCAGGAUUUGGGAUUGGCCAGAAAUAGUGUUACGUGGUUAAGUUGUUUAAAAUAGGACUAUAACAUGUUUGGAAAAGCACCAAGGGUGCUACCUAGUGUAGGCUUAAGUGGAUCUGGUGCUCUGUCACAUGUUUACAUUCAACACCCUCCCUUGAGAUGCUGGGUUCCUGGGUCAGUGGGUCUAUUCUUCGAUGAUGCGAAUAAAUUAGUACUGUCCCCGACAGCUGGCCAGGUUUUUGGAUGGAAAACCAAUUCAUUUGCUCAGCAAAGCACUCCCACCUCUGAUUCUGUAGGGGAAGGACCUGUUCUUUCUAUUCGGUAUUCUUUAGAUGGGAAGGUAAUAGCAAUACAAAGGUCAAAUAUUGAGAUCGAGUUCAGAAAUAGAGAGAGCGGGGAGGCUUUUGUUCAAAAAUGUAAAUCAGAAUCUGAGAGCAUAUUGGGAUUCUUUUGGACAGAUUGUCCAACAUGUGAUUUAAUUAUCAUUAAAACUUGUGGAUUGGAUUUGUGCACUUAUGAACCUGGGUUAAAAGCACUACGUUUGGUGGACACGAGGAAACUAAACGUGAACUGGUAUGUUUAUACACACGAAAGUCGGAUGAUUCUGCUUGCAUCCGGGAUGCAAAGCAAUACUUUCACCGCAUUUCAGUUUUCCUCUGGAGGAGUCGUUCGCUUGCCACGGUUUGAGAUGGCAAUGACUAAAGCAGAAGCUAACCAAAAACCCGUUCUGUAUGAAGAAGAUCUGCAUAUAAUUACUGUCUAUGGUAGGAUAUACUGCUUGCAAGUUGAUAGGGUUGCAAUGCUGCUCCAUUUUCAUAGGUUUUAUCGUGAUGCUGUCAUGCAACAGGGUUCCUUUCCAAUUUAUUCUAGCAAGAUUGCAGUCAAUGUGGUUGAUAAUGUUAUUCUUGUCCAUCAAGUGGAUGCGAAAGUUGUCAUAAUGUAUGACAUAAUUUCAGAUUCUCACGUUCCGAUCUCUGCUCCCCUUCCUCUUCUACUGAGGCGUUUGCCUAGGGUUAAUGGUUCUUCCUCUGGGUUUAGUAAUAUAGACGCUGUUAAUUUGGAGACAGAUGAAAUCUGUGAUCACGAAGAUGUCAUAUACGGAGAUGGUUGGACUUUUCUAAUUCCCGACCUUAUUUGUGAUGCCGCUCAUGGUACUUUGUGGAGGAUUCAUUUGGAUCUAGAGGCAAUCGCUGCCAGUAGCUCUGAAGUCUCUUCUGUUCUAGAAUUUCUGCAGCGUCGCAAGUUGGAAUCCAUUAAGGCUAAGCAAUUGUGUCUGUCAAUAAUGCGCACUCAAAUUCUAGAACGACAACCUGUGCCAGUGGUUUCUAGGGCGAUAGACACGCUUGUCAUGUCAUACUUGCACUCGGUGAAGAUGGGAAUUUCCAUUCAGGGUAGACUUGUGGGAGGUGAAAAGACUGUAACUUCUGAUAACCAGCAUUUUGAUGAUUCUAGGUUUCUGAUUAAUGUACCAACAAGUAGUGCAGAUAUACACAGAAAUUCAAUUAAGCAUGGAGCUUUGAGUGGAGGAGAACGUGAAUACCGACAAUCCAUUAGUGGAGAUGUACAGACAGAAUCUACUGGUCUUACCGCAGGUUCCACGGGGAGUAUUCGAUCAGCAAUAGGUUCUGAUGCUGAGGAGAACAUGAACCUGGAAUUACUUGGAUCUGGUUCUGGUGAUUCGCAUACAGCUGCCGACAUUGAGCAACCUCUACAGCCACAAGGGUCUGGAGCAGGCGAAAACCGAUCUGAGUCUGACAUUCCUGGGCAACGAGAGCUACAGGUUGCAUCAGCUGCAAUCUCACCUGAUGAAAUGUAUCAAUUUAUAUUUGCUCCAGUCGAGGAAGAGAUGUCAGGGGACCCUGCUUACUUAGUUGCCAUCAUUGUUGAGUAUUUGCGUAGUGCUGCGUCAGAAAAACUUAAAGUGCAUCCAAAUCUUAAUAUGAUGACUAUACAAUUGCUUGCACGAAGUGAACGCUUUGCAGAGCUUUGGAUGUUUGUCUUGAACAAGAUUGUUGAACCCUCAAAGGAAGUUGCAUUACAGCUCUUAGAGUCGGGACGUCAGAAUUUUAUGACAAGAAAGCUGGGUAUGGAUAUGUUAAGGAAGUUAAUGUUACAUCAUGACUAUGUUCUCCUACUAGUACAAGAUGGCUAUUAUAUUGAAGCUCUUCGCUACGCACGGAAGAACAAGGUCAUUUCAAUUCGCCCUUCAGUGUUUCUUGAGGCUGCAGUCUCUUCCAAUAACUCACAGCAUUUAGCAGCAGUAUUAAGAUUCUUCAUGGAUUCCAAUCCCACCUUUAAGAACUCUACAGACUACAGCAUGUACCGCCGUAUUCUGAAUGAAAUGAGCGCAGUCGCAGCUGCCUGAUUCUCAUGUAUAGGAAGACCUUCAGAUGACAGGCCCGGCCCUGCGUGGUACAAGCACCCAGCGCACUUUUUCUUACUUGUGAAGGCCAAAAUACGGAUUCCUUUCAUGAAUCAUGUAUGACUCUAGUUAGAAACUUAGAAUGAAAGAUAUAGUAUUUUUUUUCUUGAUGAGAGUUCUUCAAAUUGGAAGAGUGGGGUAGUUGUAUUUUCAGUUGCAUUAUUUUCAAUGACUUUGGCUUUUAUUAUUUUGAGAACCUCUUCUGUAAUUUACAACAUCUGGAAGUGGCAUUUAUCAAUUUCAGAGCUCAUUUCUUCUGUC